AUGGCCUUCCAGCGGAGCUACCGGCUGAACCUGCUGCGCCUCAUUGUGCUGCUCCUCGUGGCCUUGGCUGGCAUCAAGUUCCUCUUCCGUGACAGCUUCACCCUGGAGCUGCACAAGCACGUCAGCAAGGACAGUGGGUUCUGGGGGGACACGGGUGAUGCUGGCCAGGAUGCCGGCCCCCAGAGCCAGGCUCUCGAGCUCUCCGUGGCAAAGAUAACAGCCCCGAGGCAAGAGCCUGGGCAGCAGGUCCCCAGGGACAUCAGUGCCACCGAGAUGAGGCUGGUCCACCUGGACCUCAAGGGAGCUGCGCCCAAGGUCUCCUACCUGGAGCAGGUGUUCCCCCUCCUGUCUCAGCUGGGAGCCACUGGUGUCCUCAUCGAGUACGAGGACAUGUUCCCCUUCAAGGGGGAGCUGGAAAUCCUCAAGUCCCCAUACGCUUACAGCGAGGAGGACAUCGAGCAGAUCCAGCAGCUGGCGGAGCUCCACAAGCUGGAGGUGGUUCCCCUGGUGCAGACCUUUGGACACGUGGAGUUCAUUCUCAAGCACGAGAAGUACCAGCACCUGCGGGAGGUCGAGCGCUUCCCCAACAGCUUCAACCCCCACAUCCCCGACACCCUGGCCCUGCUCAAGAGCAUCUUGUCACAGGUGAUCGAGAAGCACAGGCGCUCUACCUGGAUCCACAUCGGCGCGGAUGAGGUCUUCCACCUCGGGGAGGGGAUGGACUCCAAGAACUGGAUGAGCCGCAACAAGGGCGACACAGGGACCAUGUACUUGAAGCACAUCAAGGAGGUGCUGGGCUUCAUCGCCACGCAGUACUGGGGCCUGCGGGCGCUCAUGUGGGACGACAUGCUGAGGAAGAUCAGUGUGGGAGCCCUGCAGGAGUCUGGGAUAGCGAAGCACGUCUCGCCCGUGGUGUGGUUCUACGCGCCCGACUUCGAGGCUGAGCAGAUUGAGCCGUUCCUUGCCAAGUACAUGGAGAGCGGCUUCGAGGCGGUGUGGUUCGCCAGCGCCUUCAAGGGCACCACAGGACCGGCGCAGACGUGGCCCCCCCUGAGCUACCACCUGAAGAACCACCUGAGCUGGCUGAAGGUGAUACAGGCCCUGCCGCGGCUGGCCCCGCUGCGCUUCCAGGGCAUUGUCCUCACCGGCUGGCAGAGAGUGCCUGACGGCGGGGUGGCCUGGGACCCUCUGCCCCUCUCCUCACCCUCCCCAGGGGGCUUCACGGAAGAGACGAAGAGGAAGGUCCUGGACACGCUGGGCUUCCAGAGCAUGCAGCUGGAGCAGAGCACGUGCGAGGGCAGGGGAGCGUUCCCCGGCGCGGAGAUCUACCACAUGGUCGAGCAGGUUAAUGGCCACCUGAAGGAGAGUAUCCUUAAAGCCCUGGAGGAGGAGAGUGCCAUCAAGGGCUGGUUCAGCCCCUAUCAUCGGAAGCGCCAGUUCGGCAACCCCCGCAACAUGGAGAGCUUCGGCAGCAAGGUGCUGAAGCUCCAUGAGGACUGGGAGAGCUUUGUCCGUGACCUGCACGCCCACCUGGAGAGGGUCUACUUCCCUGACACAGUGGAGGAGUGGAUGGAGGAGAAUGUCAACCCCUACCUGGACCAGCUGCGGGACCUGGUGCGGGACUACCGGGCCAUCAUCCGCCUCAAUGCCAGACCCAAAGUGACAUAG